UUUAAAAGGUGCCAUCAUUUUUUUUUUAUUCAAAAAAGUUCUGGUUGAUGGAUCAUAUCAUGUGUCGAGGACUCAGCUAACACCAUAGGUCGUGUUUUAAGAGAACUCUGCAUGGAAGAAACACAAAAGUUGUGGGACUUCACCUCUUGUUCCUAUGACUCCCAAGAAACCUCAGCAGUGGCUGCAAGUGGUUGGACAUACAGGGAGCUUUCACGUAGGGGAUUAUGGUACACUGCUCAAGAGGUUCUCAAAGCGGGAGCAACAAUGCUACCUGAGGCUGAUGAAGGACACUUUGAGGCCCUUUGUUCCAGCCUACCACGGUGUGGUGCAGCGGGACCAGCAGGACUACAACAAGAUGGAUAACUUGCUGACCCAUUUCAACACACCUGCCAUCAUGGACUGCAAGAUGGGCAGCCGCACAUACCUUGAGGAGGAGCUGCACAUGGCCCGAGAACGACCCCAGCCUCGAAACGACAUGUAUGAGAAGAUGGUGGCUGUGGACCCAGAGGCCCCAACGGUCCAGGAACGAGCUCAGCAGGCAGUGCUGAAAACGAGGUACAUGCAGUGGAGGGAGACACUGAGCUCCACGACAACUCUGGGGUUCCGCAUCGAAGGAUUCAGGAAGGCAAAUGAAGAAUGUCACACAAACUUCAAAAGGACCAAAAGUAGAGAGCAAGUGAUGGAAGCACUCGACAACUUUGUUGAGUCCAGGACACACAUUGUGUGGGAUUAUCUGAGACAGCUGAAACAGCUGCGGCAGGUCUUGGAGGAGUCCGACUUCUUCAGAACACAUGAGGUUGUGGGCAGUUCCUUACUGUUUGUGCAUGACUGGACAGGAAGAACAGGGGUCUGGAUGAUUGACUUUGGAAAGACAGUGGCCUUGCCGCUGCACCACACCUUGGACCACCGCACUCCCUGGGUAGAGGGCAAUCGAGAAGAUGGCUACCUGUGGGGUCUGGACAACCUCAUUGAUAUACUAGCCAACAUGCUGCCACUGACCUCAAUGCCACUCUAACAAUUUACUGUCAAACUUACUACAGCCCCUCACAAGUGAAUGAUUACAGAUGGAUCGGCUUUUGAAAUGGUUGUGUUGUCAGAAUUGUGGGAAUGGAAGUACACUAAUGAGCAAAACUAUGAACAAAACUGGUUAUAUAUGGGUUAUAUAUGAGCUAUAAUAUAAAACUAUGAUGACAAUAACAAUAAAUAUUGCAAAAAUUAACCGAUAGCUGGCAUUUGUGUUAUCAAGGAAAUACUUUCUGCACAAACUUUCUGGAUGUCUGCACAACUUGGACCUUGUACAGUAAAUCCACUGUGACUUUUGAUUCACCUGCACUGCACCAGAGUAAAACACAAUCUUGGUUUGCAGCCUCAGCAGGAGAUGUCAGACCCUACAGUCUUGUGAUGAUUUCUCAUUAUUCCAGGAAACAUAUGGCACCAGCUAAAUUAUGGCCACUGCCUCUGGCUAGAUCAGUUUAAAUGUCACACUUUGUCAUUAAAAUGGUGCAAAAGCUAUAAUGCUUCAAAGCAGACAGUUAUUUUCUGCAUUUCUUUAACUUAUUUGUUAAUGCCUGUAUUUCUGAGCAGCAAAGGUUAGUGGUGU